AUGGUUACUAUGCGUACUUAUCCGCCUGGUUCACGCUUUCUUCCAACGGAGUUGGGGUUGGUGAAGGUUCAUCUUAAGCUCAAGGUGGACAAGAACAUUAGCGGUUUCAUCAAAACGUUGAACGUCUACGGAGACGCGCCGUGGCGUCUUGAGCACGACACGAACCAUCUCUAUCCUAGAAACGAGUGGUACUAUUUUGUUCCGAGGAUAAUAAGAGGUAAAAAGACGGUGAGCAGGAUCGUACCAAGUAACGGAGAAUGCUUAGGAGGCACGUGGAAGUCGAUAGGAAAGAAACAAGAAGUAAAGAACAGGCAAGAUGUGUUGAUGGGUUACAAGAACGAGCUAGUGUUCAACAAGAACGUAGUGGUGGAUGGAAAGUCGAAGCAGGAGAAGACUGAUUGGCACAUGGAUGAGUAUUCCCUUAACAGGGAGAGUGGAGAGUUCCAUGAUCUGAUCUUGUGUCAUAUCAGAUUGCUGCAUAGUGCCGAGAGAUUCAAGAUUCUAGCUCAUCAUCAGGUGGUUGAGAACGACAACAACAACGUCUUACAGAACCAAGAUCAACAAGAAGAAGCUGUUGGUUUUGCUAAUCAUAAUGAUAUGACGAUGGUAGAGACCAAUCAACUACAACAACAGCAACAACAAGAACAAGAGCAGAUUUUUAACCAAGGCAACGGUGUCAAUCAACAACAAGAGCAACAAGAUUCACUUAUUCCUGUGCAGAUCAACAACAACAACAUCGAGCAACAGUGUCCGUUUGCUUAUCAAGUCGCAGAGGAGGGUGAUAUGACUAGUGGCUAUGAUGGACUCAGGCAGAUGUUUAACCAACGCAACGGCGUCAAUCAACAACAACAACAUGAGCAGCAACAAGAUUCACUUAUUCCUUUGCAGAACAACAACAACAACAACAUAGAACAACAGUUUCCGUAUGCUUAUCAUGGCACAGAGGAUGAUAUGACUACUGGCUAUGAUGGACUCGAGCAGAUGUUUAACCAAGGCAACGGUGUCAAUCAACAACAAUAUUCAGCGGCUCUUCCUUUGCAGACCAACAACAACAACAUAGAACAACAGGGUCCGUUUGCUUACCAUGGCGCAGAGGAGGGUAAUAUGACUAGUGGCUAUUAUGGACUCAUGGAGAUUUUUAACCAACGCAACGUAGUCAAUCAACAACAGCAACAUGAGCAGCAACAAGAUUCAACGGAUCUUCCUUUGCAGACCAACUUCAACCAAUUACCUAUUUCAUUGGAUACUCGUCUUGUCCCAUCUCAGCUGGAGAACCACAACAACAUCAUCUUACCGAACCAAGAGCAAAAAGAAGAAGCUGGUUUUGCUAAUCAACAACAGCAACAAGAGCAAGAAGAUUCACUUAUUGCUUUUGAUGAUAUGAUUGACGUUGAAGAACUCUUGAAAGAUUUGAACCAAGGGAUAGAGCUACAAGGUAUUGCUUUUGAUGAUACGAUUGACGUUGAUGAACUCUUGAAAGAUCUAGAAGAUUCACCCCUUCCUCCUCUUCAAAGCAACGACAACCAUGGACUGUCUCCUCAGCUGGAGAACCACAACAACAACACCCUCUUACCGAACCAAGAGCAAAAACAAGAAGCUGGUUUUGCUAAUCAACAACAACAUGAGCAACAGAAACAAGAGAGCAACGAGAACCAAGAAGAUAUUGCUUUUGAUGAUAUGAUUGACGUUGAUGAACUCUUGAAAGAUCUAGAAGAUUCACUCCUUCCUCCUCUUCAAAGCAACGAAAACCAUGGACUGUCUUCUCAGCUGGAGAACCACAACAACAACAUCUUACCGAACCAAGAGCAAAAACAAGAAGCUGGUUUUGCUAAUCAACAACAACAUGAGCAACAAGAACAAAAGCGAGAAGAUUCACUUACUGAACUCUGGAAAAUUCUGAAUGGAGACGACGACGACGACGACGUCAACGACGACAAUGGACUGGUAGAGAAAUAA